UCCCUGCAGUUGAGUGCGAAUUAGUACUUAGUAGUACCCCUUUGGACAAAAGCUGAUAAAACUCCAUAAAAAAUCCUUGGUCUUCUCCUUCGUUCCAGCUUAAUAUUCUUGGAUUAUCAGCAGACUCAGAUUGAUAUUCUUCAUUUCCCCCCAGAAAACUUGCUAUCCUCAGUGGUGAUGGAUGAUUAAUGAACUUCAUUAUGAUUUCUCAAGAGACCGAGUUAUUUCCAAAGGAUCAAUUGACAUACUUUGGCUCGGAAAAGUCGUUUCAGCUCAUGGUCAACAUUUGGAGAUGGUUAUUCUCUUGUCUUCUGCAGAUUGCAGUGGCCUGUAUAGUACAAGGAAGAUACCCAGGGUCGGAAACAGUACUUGUAAUUGCUUGAUGAAAGGAGAAAUGUGGACUUCAUGUGAUAUCCUCUGGAAACCUGAACUUAUCUUCUCCAUUUCACUGUAUUCACCUAAUAAACGUAUCAGAAAAGUUCUAGUGGAGAACUCAUUAGCUCGAUGUCGUAGCAGAAAGCCACAAGCACAUGUAAUUAGGUCGAGUGUCAUGGAAAGUUGGCUCCCUCUAUGCCUUCCAACUAGAGAUAAAUGCAACACUAUGAAAUGUUUGAGAAGUGAUUCCUCAGUCUCGCAUCAAGAGCUUCAAGAUCAUAAGUUUUUCUGCAAGGCCAUUAAAACUAUAUCCAGAAAGUCUCCAGACUUUAGAGAAAAUUUUUCAGUUGAUUAUGAGUUUAUAGAGGAACCUUGGUUGUCUUCUCAACUUUCUUAUCCUUUUGUGGAUUCAGAUGCUGCAGGUGUUCCGAGGAGUGAAAGUGAGAUAAGACAGGACCUUAAUUGUGAAACUAUAGGUUCGGAGCUCUUGUCUCAAUCCACAAAAAAGAACUUUUAUCCUAAUGCUGAGGGCACUGUUAGUCCAGCAAAUGAAAGCUUUAAUCCUAAUGGAACAUUUUAUGAGGUUGACCAACCCAUUGAGGAGCCCUGGCUGCUCCAAACAUUUCACUCUUGUAGUUCUGAUGUCAAAACAGUUAGCAAUUUCCCUGAAAAUGAAGAGUGUUCAGAAGAUAGGGAAACUCCACCAUGUAUUGUUGAUGAACAUGGACAAAUUCCAGAGAAGCUCCUUGCUGAUGAUGAAGACCCUGUGAUCUCUGAGGAGGAUUCAGUUACCACAAUGAUAUUGAUUAACUCUUCUAUAUGCACCAUGCAAAGAAUUGCUGUGUUGGAAAAUGGGAAAUUGGUUGAGUUGUUGCUGGAACCUGUAAAAAAUAAUGUGCAGUGUGAUAGUGUAUAUCUAGGAGUAGUCACAAAACUGGUUCCCCACAUGGGUGGUGCAUUUGUAAAUAUUGGUGGUCCACGACCCUCUCUUAUGGAUAUAAAGCCAAAGAGAGAACCAUUUAUAGUUCCUCCAUUUUGCCAUCAAAGAAAGGACAAAAAUGUAAAUGGAUCUGUUGUUGCCGGGCUUGGAGAGAAUGCAGGUGUUCCUGAUAACAAAACCAUUUCUGAUGAAAUUGAAGAAAUUGACUUUGUUGAGGAUGACGAAAGCGAGGUUGAUUCAGAAGAGUUCAUGGAUGAUGACAUUGGGGAGCAUGAAAAUGAUGAGGAUGGCGAGAUUCUGCAAGUCCUGAAGGAAAACUGUAAUGGUAGUGCUGGUGAUGCUUUUGAAGUUAAUUCUGAGAGGUAUUUGGAGAAAUUAAGUGGAAAUGGCUACCAAACACCAGGUGCAACUAUAGACCAAAAAGCUGAUCAUUGUAAAGUUGAAAGUCCGGAUGGAACCAAGUGGACUCAGGUACAAAAGGGCACAAAGAUAAUUGUACAAGUUGUCAAAGAAGGAUUGGGUACCAAAGGCCCCACACUGACUGCUUAUCCAAAGCUAAGAAGCAGAUUCUGGAUCUUGAUUGCUCGCUGCAAUACAAUUGGAAUUUCAAAGAAAAUUUCUGGUGUUGAGCGAACACGAUUGAGAGUCAUGGCAAAAACUCUGCAGCCUCCAGGAUUUGGUCUUACUGUAAGGACUGUUGCCGCUGGUCGUUCACUAGAGGAAUUACAGAAGGAUUUAGAGGGCUUGCUUUCAACCUGGAAGAGUAUAGUUGAACAUGCUAAGUCUGCUGCCCUUGCUGCAGACGAAGGUGUAGAUGGAGCAGUGCCAAUUCUGUUGCAUCGGGCAAUGGGUCAAACGCUCUCAGUUGUCCAGGACUACUUCAGUGAGAAGGUGGAGAGCAUGAUAGUUGAUUCUCCAAGGACAUAUCAUGAGGUUACAAACUAUCUCCAGGAAAUAGCUCCUAAUCUUUGUGACAGAGUUGAGUUAUACAGCAAAAGUUCUCCACUUUUUGAUGAAUAUAAACUUGAGGAAGAAAUAGAUAACAUCUUGAGUAAAAGGGUUCCACUUGAUAAUGGAGGUUAUCUAGUGAUUGAACAAACUGAGGCAUUAGUGUCCAUUGAUGUGAAUGGGGGGCAUUGUAUGCUUGGUCAUGGGACUUCCCAAGAAAAAGCUAUUCUUGAUGUCAACCUCGCAGCUGCCAAACAAAUUGCUAGGGAAUUGAGGCUGAGAGACAUUGGUGGCAUUAUUGUCGUUGAUUUCAUUGACAUGCAAGAUGAUUCAAAUAAAAGAUUGGUGUAUGAAGAAGUUAAAAAGGCUGUCGAGAGAGAUAGAUCGAUGGUCAAAGUUUCUGAGUUGUCAAGGCACGGGCUUAUGGAGAUCACUCGCAAGAGGGUUAGACCUAGUGUGACUUUUAUGAUCAGUGAACCAUGCACAUGCUGUUGUGGCACUGGUAGAGUGGAAGCUUUAGAGACUUCAUUCUCUAAAGUUGAACGUGAAAUCUGCCGGCUGCUGUCAAUGAUGGAACUGAAGGCAGACCCUGAAAAACCAAAUUCAUGGCCAAGAUUUAUUCUUAGAGUUGAUCGAUACAUGUGUAAUUAUCUAACUUCAGGAAAGAGGACAAAGCUUGCAGUCUUGAGUAGUUCUCUCAAGGUCUGGAUUCUUCUAAAGGUUGUCAGAGGUCUUGCUAGGGGAAGCUUUGAGAUGAAACACUUGACGGAUGACAAGGAAUAUCAGAAGCAACAUCAAGCUCCUAUCUCUAUGCUACGACCAGCAGAGAUAGGAAGUCGUAGUCCCACCAAAACUGUAACUCUCUUUACCAAAAAGUGGAAGACUGGCGGGAAGUGAUGCUUACACGCUUCAGCCAUAUUGUAUAUUCACAUGUUGCACAGCAUUUUUUCCCUUGGCUUUCUUGCCCGGUUGAAUUGAGUUUUGCUUACAUUUUUAUCCUUUCCAAUUGAGUUUUGUAGAAUUAGAUAGGUUGGAUAGACCAGCCGCUACACAGUAGAGUAUACAGCUCUGACGUAGUUGCUGAAAUUAAUCAAAGCUUGUAAGGAAUGGGAAUUUCAAAGGAAAUGAAAUUACUUUGAGAAAUUUGAUGCC